UCCUCCACUUUCCAUAAACUCUCUCUCUCUCUCUCUCUCUCUCUCUAAUUACACAGUUCCAAGUUCCAACAGUCGACCAAAUGGCCCGACUCCUCACUCAAACUCUCCAUCUCCGUCAAUCGCUCCUUCGCCGCCCGCUCCUCCCACCCUCCCUCACCCAAGCCCACCGCGCCCGCUCCUCCCGAUCCGGCAAGGCCGAGUUAAUCGAGAUCGAGCUCGACCCCUCCACCUCGUCGUCGCCAAGUGAUUCAGAGAAAUUAAUGCUCAAGAAACUAGACGACAUCGUUCAGACCAUCGUCGUCCAGAGGGCCACGCCCGAUUGGCUCCCCUUUGUCCCCGGCUCCUCGUUCUGGGUCCCACCUCGACGCGCCCCGUUGAAAGUGACCGACUUGGUUGGCAAAUUGGCUGACCAGCUCACGGAUGAAGAAACCCUCUCUGUGGCCACUGAUCGUGGAUGGCCUUGCUCCCAAUUUUUCAUCAAUGGCGGUACUGGAUCUGCAGAAACAAGGGAAGUGGAUACGGAGGCAGAAGGAUCAACAGAAAUAGAGGUGGAGGUGGAGGUAAAGGUUUUGACUGAUUCACAGAAGCCCUCUCGCUGUGAGGAUGAUUAAGGUUUUCUCAUCUCUCUAUCAGCCUGUUUGCUUGGUUUCAGGUCUUUAUUAGAAAUGGAUUACACUCAUGUGCAUCAACUGAAUAAUGGCCCCUGAGUUGGAAAUCAGUCAUCCUGGUUUAUGUAUUGUGGACAGAGGAUCAAUCUUCUAUCUUGUGCUUGUGAUUCAGAGUAUGCAAAAGUGAAGAAGCCAUCUUUUAGAUGUUCGGCAGCACCAUAUUGGACACGCGUGGCCAGACGGGACACAAUGGUGUGUUCGGGUUUGGGUGGUGGAGAUGAUGGAAGUGUCAUAUGAAAUUAGUGUUGUAAAAUGGAGAGGACGGGAUGUUGAAGAUUCUUGUUCUCUUGUAUAAAUAGCAUUUAUUUUGUGUUGUAGCCAUAUUUCAUAAAACCAAAAUUUUGAACUCUGUGAUUAAGUUAGUCUCAGUUCAACUAAAGUCAAACUUAUCAAUGGUAAAGUUGUUUGUAAGUUUGAGAACUCUACUAAUUAUUCAGGCCCGCUCAAUA